AUGUUGGCUUCGCGUUUGUCGAGGGCUCUUCCCCGAGCUUCCCCUCUUGCCGCUCGAUCGGCUGCCUUCACCCGAUCUCCUCUGGCCUCCAGGUUCGCUCGUUAUGAGUCCACUGAGUCCGAUGGCAAGGUCCAGGGUGCCGUGAUCGGUAUCGAUCUUGGCACCACCAACUCUGCCGUCGCCAUCAUGGAGGGCAAGGUUCCUCGCAUCAUUGAGAACGCUGAAGGUGCCCGAACUACCCCUUCAGUCGUUGCUUUCGCCGAGGAUGGUGAGCGACUCGUCGGUGUCGCUGCUAAGCGUCAGGCCGUCGUUAACCCAGAGAACACCCUCUUCGCUACCAAGCGAUUAAUAGGACGAAAGUUCAAGGAUGCUGAGGUUCAGCGCGAUAUCAAGGAGGUUCCUUACAAGAUUGUUCAGCACACCAACGGCGACGCCUGGGUCGCUGCCCGUGGCCAGAACUACUCUCCCUCUCAGAUCGGUGGUUUCGUCCUCAACAAGAUGAAGGAGACCGCCGAGGCGUACCUCUCUAAGCCUAUCAAGAACGCCGUCGUCACCGUCCCCGCCUACUUCAACGACUCUCAGCGACAGAGCACCAAGGACGCUGGUCAAAUUGCCGGCCUCAACGUCCUCCGUGUCGUCAACGAGCCUACUGCCGCCGCUCUUGCCUACGGUCUCGAGAAGGAGGCUGACAGCAUUGUCGCUGUCUACGAUCUUGGUGGUGGUACCUUCGAUAUCUCCAUCCUUGAGAUCCAGAACGGUGUUUUCGAGGUCAAGUCCACCAACGGUGAUACCCAUCUCGGUGGUGAAGAUUUCGAUAUCCACCUUGUUCGACACCUUGUCCAGGACUUCAAGAAGACUUCCGGCAUUGACCUGUCUGGCGACCGCAUGGCUAUCCAGCGUAUCCGUGAGGCUGCUGAGAAGGCCAAGAUCGAGCUUUCUUCUUCUCUCUCCACCGAUAUCAACCUUCCCUUCAUCACUGCCGACUCUUCUGGCCCCAAGCACAUUAACAUGAAGCUCAGCCGAGCUCAGCUUGAGAAGAUGGUCGACCCUCUUAUCAGCCGCACCAUCGAGCCUGUCCGCAAGGCUCUUAAGGAUGCUGGCCUCUCCGCUAAGGAGAUCCAGGAGGUUAUCCUCGUUGGUGGUAUGACCCGUAUGCCCAAGGUCGCUGAGUCCGUUAAGGGCAUUUUCGGCCGAGACCCCGCCAAGUCCGUCAACCCCGAUGAGGCUGUCGCCAUUGGUGCCGCUAUCCAGGGUGCUGUUCUCUCUGGUGAGGUCAAGGACCUUCUCCUCCUCGAUGUUACUCCUCUGUCCCUCGGUAUUGAGACCCUCGGUGGUGUCUUCACCCGUUUGAUCAACCGUAACACUACUAUCCCCACCAAGAAGUCCCAGGUCUUCUCUACUGCCGCCGACUUCCAGACCGCCGUCGAGAUCAAGGUCUACCAGGGUGAGCGUGAGCUCGUCAAGGACAACAAGAUGCUCGGAAACUUCCAGCUUGUUGGUAUCCCCCCUGCUCACCGUGGUGUUCCUCAAGUCGAGGUUACCUUCGACAUUGACGCUGAUUCCAUCGUCCACGUCCACGCCAAGGACAAGUCCACCAACAAGGACCAGUCCAUCACCAUUGCCUCCGGUUCCGGUCUCUCUGAGAGCGAGAUCGAGCAGAUGGUUGAGGACUCUGAGAAGUACGCUGAGGCUGAUAAGGAGCGCAAGGGUGCCAUCGAGGCUGCCAACCGCGCCGACAGCGUCUUGAACGACACUGAGCGUGCUCUCAACGAGUAUGCCGACAAGCUCGACAAGACCGAGGCUGACUCCAUCAAGGAGAAGCUCACCACUCUCCGCGAGUUCGUCGCCAAGAACCUCUCUGGUGAGGGUACCGCUACCGCUGCCGAGAUCAAGGAGAAGACCGAUGAGCUCCAGGUUGCCAGCUUGAACCUCUUCGACAAGAUGCACAAGGCCCGCAACGACAACAGCGGCGAGCAGUCCUCUUCCGAGCAAUCUCAGGAGGGUGAGAAGAAGGAUGAGACCAAGCCUUAAAUGACUUGAUCUGUGUUAUAAAAAAAUAUGUUCCAAUAUCCCAGGAGCAGGUAUCUGUGCGGCUCAGAUACCUUGACCUCCCCAUGUAUUUCACUGUAUUCAUAUCCCGCCCAGCCGCUUUUACACUUUUUACCGAUAUCUUGUUUCAGGGUUGGCAGACCAGGCGUUGGAGCUAUAAAACCUCUAUUGAGAGAUGAUAUCUUUGGUUGUUUUUUCGAGAUGAUGUCACGCAAUGGGGGAUCAUGUUGAAUAUAUGUAUCACGACUAGCCUUUCUUAGGUAGACUAAUCACACAUCCCCCCUCAAAUAA